CUCUGCAGACUUACGCACAGUUUUUCCAGCUAACAUCCCGCGUGCUACCCCCAACUCCGCAAAGAUCACCGCGCGUUACUCCGCGCGCACAGGGUUGCAUUCGAUAAGAUGCCGUUCAACCCGCAUUGCCCGCGCAUCAUCGGGGGUCCCACCGCCGUCCAGUCAAGCAUUCUAGAGCCCUUCCUAACCUCGAAGUGGGCAUUUACCGCAAACUCUAUGCAUUAAUUCCGCGCGCAACGUGCGGUGGCGGGUCGCACUCGUGUCGCGUGCCCUCUUUUCGGGCGGCUGCCGUAACCUUGAUCUUGGAAUAUUUCCUAUCUCUCGUACCCGUCGGCGAUCUCCUCUCUGCUUUCCUUCUCUCUCACAGUCCGUUCUGACAGCGAAACUGCGGCACGAUGCGUUUCACGCGAGCAGAGAUCAAGGCCAAGGCCGCCGAAAAGGUCCACAACGCCAGGAACGCUUUCACCAGCCGGGCAGCAUUUAUCGAAUGGGUGCAAGUGCCCGACACUGCGCUGGAUCAGCAUGGGCAUAAGAAAUCGGGCCCGACAUGGUCGAACGAAGACUUAGAUCCCACGCCGCCAGAGAAGCGAACAUGGAGAUGGUGGAAUUACGUGAUCUUCUAUUGGGACUUGAGUUUCGGCAACUGGACGCUGGGCUCGGUGAUGGUGGGCAUUGGCUUGAACUGGUGGCAAGCCAUCCUCACCAUCUUCCUCUCGCAAUUCAUCAGCUCCAUCGCCAUGUUCUUCAACUCGCGGUGCGCAAGCGUGUAUCACAUUGGGUACCCCGUGGUUGGACGUAGUGUGUUUGGCAUGUGGGGAGCAUAUUACUUCGUCCUCGCCAGAGCAGCGCUCGCCAUCGUCUGGUUCGGCGUGCAACUCUACACCGGCUCCGCAUUGGUGGGCAACAUGCUGUACGCCGUCUUCGGUCACAGCUACCUCCAUAUUCCCAACACGAUUCCGAAGUCCAUGGGGAUCACGAGCGCCGGACUGCUCGCCUUCUUCCUCUUUUGGCUGAUGACGCUGCCCUUCACGUUCUUCCGGCCCUAUCAGCUGCGCAAGUUCUUCUGGUUCAAGGCGUUCGUCAUGAUCCCUGCUAUUGUGGGUCUGUUCAUCUUCUGUAUGGUGAACACGAAGGGGAGGAUUGGCCUUGGGCAUCUUCAGGAGACCACGGCAAUCCAUUCGAACGGAUGGGGCUGGUUCUUUGUCUGGUCGCUGAACUCGGGCAUGGGCAACACGGCCACUCUCAUCACGAAUCAACCGGAUAUCGCACGUUGGAGCAAGACGAAGAGCGGUGCCAUGUGGUCCCAGCUGUUCACGAACCCAAUUGCGGUCACCCUCUCCGCCAGCUUGGGCAUCUUGUCCACGGCCGCCAUCAACAACAACUGGAACCUCCAGCUCUGGAACCAGUGGGAUCUUUUCGAUGCCAUUCUGAACAGGUAUUGGAGUGCAGGAACCCGGACUGCAGUCUUCUUUGCCGCCGGGGGCUGGACGACAAGUGUCCUGGGAACAAACAUCGCGGCAAACAUGAUCAGCUUCGGGAGUGACUGCACGUUGCUCUUCCCUCGCUAUCUGACCAUUCCCCGCGGCCAGUUCAUUGUCCUGUGCCUGGGAUUUGCCAUCUGCCCAUGGAAGAUCCUGGCCAGCGCGUCCGUCUUUACCACUUUCUUGGCUGGAUACGGCCUGUUCAUGGCCUCGGUCGUUGCCAUCAUGGUCUGCGACUACUGGUGCCUCACCAAGGGUAACGUUUUCAUCGCGCAUCUGUACGACGGCACCAAGGACAACAAACACUACUACUACCACAAGGGCUGGAACGUGCAAGCAAUCAUUGCCUACCUCUGCGGCAUCGCCCUGCCCUUCGCCGGCUUCUUGGGCACGCUCGGCGUCCCCGUGAGCGUUGCCGCGCAGGACCUCGGCCAUCUGGGGUGGAUGCUGUCGUUCGCCAUCGCCUUUGUCGUCUACUACGUCAUCUGCCUCGUGUGGCCGACGCGCAACCAGAGGUUGGUCAAAGAGAUGGGUCUCAAAUGGGAGGAAGUCAGCUACUCGGAGAUCAUUGCGGCGGAUGGCACGCUCAUCACCACCGAUCUCGAAGGCUACCCCGAUCCUCAACUGCAGCACGGCGAAGUGAAAUGGACUGGCGAAAUCGAGAAGGACACAGCAGGCACGACGUUGGAGCAUGCGGACUUCAAGCACUACUGAGGUCGAAGGUUGUGGAUGUGAAGAUGAUGUUAUGAAGCACGCAGUCAGAUAGCGGGACAGUCGAAUGAAGCACAUACUCUUU